CAUGGCAAAAGCCUUCACCUGCAUUCAUCAAAUAGAGAAGCUCCCCACCUGUUUGAGAAAACUUUUCUUUCUGAUAUUCACUCCUUUUCUUCUCCCAACCCUUUUGCCUCCUUACAACUCAUCUGAACCUUUCCUUCUUCCACCUCUCCAAAAAGCUUGACCUUCUCACAGCUCACAACAAUAGUACUCUUUAGAAGUAUUAAGACUACUAUAAAGUGGCAGAAGAAGAAGAAGAAGAAGAAGAAGAAGAGGGAUGAGAGUUGCUACUGUUGCUGAACUGAAGCAGAGCAUUUCAGGGAAGAGGACAUUGAGGCCAAGUAUGAACACAAGGCAUUCCAAUGAAUGGCCUCUUUCAGAGUUUGCAAGUGAUCUCACCAUUGAAAUCGGCUCAUCGACCUUCCCACUCCAUAAGUUUCCACUGGUUUCGCGGAGUGGAAAGAUUCGAAAACUUCUAUCUGAAUCGAAGGAUUUGAAGGUGACAAGAAUAAAUUUGCAAGGAUUUCCAGGUGGUGCUGAAGCAUUUGAGCUCGCUGCGAAAUUCUGUUAUGGAAUUAGCAUAGAAAUCACCCUCCAAAAUGUUGCCAUGCUUCACUGUACAGCUCACUAUCUUCAAAUGAGUGAAGACUUCUCUGAAAAGAACUUGGAGCUUCUCACUGAGCUCUACGUUAAGGAUUCAGUCAUGCCAAGCAUCAGAAAUUCGAUAACUGUCCUCCACCAUUGCGAAAACCUCCUUCCAGUUGCUGAAGAGAUCAAUUUAGUAGGGAAAAUCAUCUCCGGCAUUGCAUCAAAUGUAUGCAAGGAGCAACUGAGCUCAGGACUAUUGAAGCUUGAUCAAAGCCUCCCUCUAAAGCAAAUGGCAGCAGAGACUGAACAGCCUUCAGAGUGGUGGGGGAAGUCAUUGACUGUUCUAAACUUGGAUUUCUUUCAGCGUGUUCUAUCUGCAAUCAAAUCAAAAGGACUGAAACAAGGCACAGUUAGUAAGAUAUUAAUCAAUUAUGCACAUAGCUCUCUUCAGGGGCUCAUCAUAAAGGAUAUUGAAUCAUUGAACUCGAGUCUCUCAGAUUCUGAAACUCAGAAGAAGCAAAGGAUCAUGGUUGAAACUGUUGUUAGCUUGCUUCCAACUCAGUCCAGGAAAAGUCCUGUUCCCAUGUCUUUCCUCUCUGGUCUACUGAAGACUGCAUUGAUGAUAUCAGCUUCUCCAGUUUGCAAAGCAGACUUGGAGAGGAGAAUUGGGCUGCAGCUGGAUCAAGCUAUACUUGAAGAUAUUUUAAUUCCUGCAAGCUCUAAUGGCGACGGGAAUAAUCAGUUGUAUGAUACUGAUUCUGCAAUGAGGAUAUUUUCGAUCUUUCUGAAUUUGGAAGGGGAGGAGGAGGAAGGGAUUCAUUUCAGGGAGAGGGAUGGAUGUUACGAAUAUGAUAGUCCUAGAUCUCCAAAGCAUAGCUUAAUGCUUAAAAUUUCGAAACUUAUGGAUAGCUAUCUCGCAGAGGUUUCCCUAGAUUUAAACUUAACGGCAUCAAAGUUUAUAGCACUUGCAGAGUUGCUUCCUGAUCAUGCAAGGUUGGUUACUGAUGGACUAUACAGAGCUGUGGAUAUCUUCCUGAAGGUUCACCAAAACAUCAAGGAAUCAGAGCGAUACCGCCUCUGCAAGGCCAUUGACAGCCAGAAGCUUUCUCAAGAGGCAUGCAGCCAUGCCGCGCAGAAUGAACGGCUACCAGUCCAAAUGGCAGUUCAAGUCCUCUACUUCGAACAAAUCCGGCUUCGAAACGCCAUGAAUGGAAACCAUGAAAAUCUCUUCUUUGGAUCUGUAAACAGCCAAUUUCCCCACAGAUCUGGAAGUGGAGUAGGGAGCGGUGCGAUAUCACCAAGAGAUAACUAUGCUUCAGUAAGAAGAGAGAAUAGGGAACUGAAGCUUGAGGUUGCUCGAAUGAGAAUGAGACUUACAGACUUGGAGAAAGACCACGUCUCCAUGAAGCAAGAGCUGGUCAGAGCCAACCCGGCCAACAAAAUACUGAGAUCAUUUGCUAAGAAGCUGAGCAAGCUGAAUUCUUUGUUCAGGAUGAGUACUAUCAGACCUCUGAAUGCAAAGGCUUCUCAAGAUGCCAGAUUCCUUCUUCAGAAACGGCGUCGGCAUUCCAUCUCCUGAGCUUCCAAAAACUGUUUCAGGUUCAGUGCUGGUGUGUGAACAUACUAUUCUUCGUUUUGGUUUUUUGGUUUGUGGAGUUGGAUGAAUCUGGCUAAGUGUUUUGUUUGUGAAGGAGAAGCUGUUUCU